AGGUUUCAUCGCCUCCCGGGGCCUCCUCGGCGUCCGGCUUGUCCUGGGCGUCCGGGGGGGUUUCCGGGACCUCCGGCGCCUCCUGCGCCUCCGAUGCCUCCCUUGCCUCCGGCGCCUCCAUCGCCUCCAUCGCCUCCUGAACCUCCGUCGCCUCCUGGUGCUCCGCCGCUUCCUGGCGCUCCGGCGGCUCCUGCACCUCCUGUGCCUCCGUUGGCCCCGGAGCCUCCUGCGCCCCCGACGCCUCCUGAGCCCCCGGCACCACCUGCGCUCCCGCCGAGUCCUGGGCCCCCGGCAGCUCCUGCGCCUCCUGUGCCUCCUAUGCCUCCCGGGCCCCCGGCAGCUCCGCUGCCUCCGUGGCCUCCUGCACCUCCUGGGUUUCCUGGGGCUCCUGCGCUUCCGGCACCUCCUGUCCCUCCUGUCCUUGCUGGGCCUCCUGGACCUUUUGCACGACAGAUUGCUCUCGAGGAUGAACUCCACCGAUUGCGAACAGUUGAGUGCAGUGUGCGAAAGUUCUAA